GUCCUGAUCAUUUGUAACUCCACCUCAGCAGUGGUUUCUCCAACCUCUCUACACACACAGAGAGAGAAGGAAAUUUUACUUCGAGAUCAUGGAAAAGAAUUCUCAGGAGAGCCCCGAGGUCUGUCACUUUCUAGAUGCAGAAGCAUCUAAGACAAGAAAGAAGAUCUGCAAAAGAUACAAGAUCUGUGGAUUGCUCUUCUGCGUACUGGUGAUUUUUCUUAUUCUGAUAUUUUUUGGUGUCAAAUAUUUCUGGAACCCGUCACCUAAAAAAAUAUAUGAUCUGGAGCACACGUUCUUUAGCCAUGGGGAGAAAAAGAAGAUUCUGAUGGAGAUAGAUCCUCUAACCAGAACAGAGACAUUCAGAUCUGGUAAUGGCAGUGAGGAAAUUUUAGAAAUACAUGACUUUAAAAAUGGAAUAACUGGCAUCUUUUUUGGAGGACUUCAAAAAUGCUUCAUCAAAACUCAGAUUAAAGUAAUACCUGAAACUAUGGAGGCUGAGAUACAGGAACCUGAGGGAGAUGAAGUGAUGACAACCUACUUUGAGCAAUCCAUGGUCUGGAUUCCAGAGGAAAAACCUAUUGACAACAAAGAAUUCCUAAAGAGCUCCAAAAUUUUUGACAUCUGCAAAAAUGUGACCAUACACUGGAUCCACCCAACUCUGAUCACAGCUCCUGAGCUGCAUGACUUUGAAGAUGGAGGGGAAGAUGAUGUCCAGUUCCUUGUGACCAAACAAGACGGGGCUGAAAGACAGAAUGAGCACCAUGUGGAUAAGGAUGCAAGGCCAGGAACCAAACGCCGGGCCCGGCAGCUAACUGAAGAGGAUCUUCCCGUAAAUGACUAUACGGAGAACGGACUUGAGUUCCACCCCUUGUGGGAUGAACGAGGCUACUGCUGUGCUCAGUGUCGCCGCGCCAACCGAUACUGCCAGCGGGUGUGCGAGCCUCUGCUGGGCUAUUACCCAUACCCCUACUGCUACCAGGGAGGAAGGGUUAUCUGCAGAAUCAUCAUGCCGUGCAACUGGUGGGUGGCACGCAUGUUAGGGAGAGUGUAGGGCCACACAACUGCUGAAGCAAUGGAACUAUAACCAAUGUAUGCCCUGGCUGUAUAGAGGGACCCUAUUGCACGCUGCCGCUCAGCUAGCCUCCCUGUAUUACAAGCCUGUAAAAUGCAGGCUGUUAACUCCUUGAUUCCUGCUGCGUGCUCCAGCCACUCCUGGCUGAGCACCCCGCCUGUCCUGCUGUUCUAUUCUGUUCGAUACCGCGCCGGUCCCUGCAGCACCUGAGCGCCUGCUGAGCCGGUGCGGCCUAAUGCUUGCGGCCUAACACUUGCUUGCGGCGAAGUGUUCAUGGACAGCAUGCAAAGGAUGAACGGACAGGAUUGUAUCUGUGUUUAGUCCUAAGAAAUGAGCCAAACAAUAAACGUUUUCUAUGAGC